GCAGGGAUCUUCGCAUGAAGGAAGGCAGACUCUGAUGGUCAAUCGGGCGCCGCGCACCGCAGCAGUGACGCGUCACUGCACCCCUGUUUUCGAGUUGCACGUGUUUCUUUCCUCUUCACCGACGCUCACCGUUUACGAUUGUCCUUUUCUCGUUCUUCCUUGGUCAGCUUGCCGCGAUAACGACCGACAAACACGGUACACGAGACUCGACCGCCCGUAAACCUUGCUACCCAGGCUGCUGCUGCUAGAUCCGUUGCCGAUGCUAGAGAGCCAAGUUCUCGCGACGCCAGUCAUUCCUUCACGUUCCGUCGAGCCUCGUCCUUCACUGCUGACCACCGAAAACUCUCGCUCGUGUUUCCGUACAACCGACAAACCGUUCGUUAUUGCCGUCGUCGUCGUCGUCGUCAUCGUCAUCGUCGUCAUCACCGUCAUCGCCAUCAUCGCCAUCAUCGCCAUCAUCUCGUCGUCGUCGUCGUCGUCGUCGUCGUUGAUUUCUUCCUGUGCCGAUUCGCAAAAUAUCUCGAUCGAUUCGCAGCCUGGCUGCAGUGGUGAAAUACCGUUAUUCAAGUACUUCGCGCCACUUGCGUUUGAAAACUGUGCAAUUCUAAGUGAUCAGUGAGACCGUUCCUUAACCAAAGAAGAUCUCUGCGUAAUCUGUCUGCAUACGUCAACGGUACAACGAGAUACGUCUGUUUAUGAAAUCGUGGCGAGUCGAGCCGCUCGAACAGUACCGUUGGUCGAGCUGCGUUCGAAAAGUGUUGUGAACAUCCCGCGGAGACACGUAGCUGCGGAUUGUGCUUUUAGCUGGUGACUGGAUCCGGCCUGACCACGGCCAUUCUCGACACGCACUGUGUUAGCGUGGCCGGAGGUGGCGGCGGUGGCGGAGGCGGCGGCGGCGGCGGAGGAGGCGGUGGAGGUGGUGGCACGGUCGGCGGCGGUCGGCUGAACCUGCACCUUCGUCCUUGCGGAGGCGGCGGUGGCGGUGGCGGCAUUGCCGCGAGUGACAGCGCUUCGGAUUACCCGCCAAGUGCUACGGCAGCGCGGAGCAGGGAAGCGGCGGCGGCGGCGCUGCACGCGGCAAGAACGCUGUUGGGCGCGGGGGUGGCUAACCCUUGCUCGCCCACCCCCGAACCGCCCUUCUGGAAGAUGCCACAUAAAGAGGAGGACUUGAUGCACGGGGGUGGUGCGGGUAUUGGCGGGGGUUCUAUGGUCGGACAGAACUCAAUAUUUGGGUGCUCGGCUGCAGGACACAGCGGGGUUAACCAGCUUGGCGGUGUUUACGUCAACGGCCGACCAUUACCAGACUCUACCAGGCAGAAGAUCGUCGAACUGGCCCACAGUGGCGCGAGGCCCUGCGACAUUUCGCGCAUACUGCAAGUCAGCAACGGAUGCGUUUCCAAGAUACUCGGCAGGUACUACGAGACCGGUUCGAUCAAGCCACGUGCGAUCGGCGGUAGCAAGCCGCGCGUCGCUACCACACCGGUCGUGAACAAAAUCGCCGAUUACAAGCGGGAAUGCCCGUCGAUCUUCGCUUGGGAGAUCCGCGAUCGACUUCUACAAGAAGGUGUUUGCAACAACGACAACAUUCCGAGCGUGUCGUCCAUCAACAGGGUGCUGAGAAACCUGGCCUCGCAGAAGGAGCAACAGGCUGCGGCGGUGCAGGCGCAUCAGGGUGCCGAGAGCGUGUACGAUAAGCUUCGGAUGUUCAAUGGGCAAGCUGCAGGUUGGCCACCGGCUUGGUAUUCCGCUACGCCCUCUCAUCAUCCCCUGGCCACGGGAAUUCCAACGGCAGCGACCCCUGGCUCUGGCCAGUCGCUGCUACCCGGCAGCCAGCUUCACGGUCGCGACGAUUCUCUGCUCAAACGAAGCGAUACGGGUUCUUUGUUGUCGCAUCAACAGGAAACGACGUCGGAUGGGAACUCGGAGCACAACUCGUCCGGCGACGAGGACUCGCAGGUUCGAUUGAGGCUAAAACGGAAGUUGCAACGCAAUCGAACGUCUUUCUCCAACGAACAGAUCGACAGCCUCGAGAAAGAAUUCGAGCGGACACAUUACCCGGACGUGUUUGCACGGGAGCGUCUCGCUGAGAAGAUUGGAUUGCCUGAGGCACGUAUCCAGGUGUGGUUCAGUAAUCGCAGAGCGAAGUGGCGUCGAGAGGAGAAAUUACGGAACCAAAGGAGAGCAGCCGUCGAUCAGGUAGUCGGCGGUGGCAGCAGCGGGGGCGGCAGCAGCACCGCGCCCCCGGCCGCGACCCCCGCCACCCCACGGUUGCCCUUAAACGCCGGAUUCAACGCCAUGUACUCGUCGAUACCGCAGCCGAUCGCUACCAUGCCUGACACUUACAGCUCGAUGUCUAGCAGCUUGGGCGGGUCAAUGGGUGGAAGCUGUCUUCAGCAGCGCGCCGAGGGAUAUCCGGCGUACGUGUUCCACGAGCCUCUUCACUCCCUGACGCAGUCUUACUCCCACGCACACAGCACUGCUGCGCACUCGCAACCCCAUCGCGGUAUACCGACCUCUCAUGGUGGAACCCCCACUACGCCAGGAGGACAGCCUGCAGGACCAGGUGGUGCACCCUACCAGCCAACGACCUCGACCGCUACUGGUGUGAUAUCGGCUGGCGUCUCGGUGCCGGUGCAGAUCCCGUCUCAAACACCAGACCUGACCGGUAACUAUUGGCCGAGGCUCCAGUGAUCCCAGCUCUUCGGGUUCCCGCCCGCGAGCUUGCUCGUCGGCCAGGAGAGCCCGCCGCCACCGACAGCCACCCCUGGUGCAGUGUCCCGGCCGCUGCUAGCUUCCCUCGGGAUACCGACGCAGCCGACCCAGCAUCAGCCUUCCAACACGCCGGCUACCACUCCCGUGCACACCUCCGACACCAGUGAGUGAACUAACCGAUCAAUCUCUCCGAACGCUCUCUUAUAGAGAUGGUCGCGCGCGCGCGAGAUACUCGAUCACGCGAUACGAUGCGACACGAUGCGAUGCGAUGCGAUGAGAUGAGAUGAGAUGAGAUGAGAUGGUUCGUUGUGCCGUACGACGAAUCGUCGACCUCGAUCACUGCGUUCACCGCGAUCGCGCCAUGAUGGCGCGCCGCGAUACACCAACGAGAUAUUUAGCAGAUCGUUGAUCAUCGUCGAUUUACGACACACGUAUGUAGAAUCCGGACUUUUCAAGUUCAGCUGAUCAACGGUGUUCCUGAUACACGUACGUAUCAGAGAUUUAGAUAACACGAGCGUGUUUUCGUUCAUGUGUAAUACACAGGGUGGGCCGGAAUUCGUAGUACAACCGAGCAGGGGAUGAUUCUACGUCAAAAAAAUAAGAAAGAAAUUUGGUGUAACAUUUUUCUAUCUGGGGCUCUGUUUUCGAGAAAAUCGACUUUAAAGUUGAGAUUCAUGUUUGAGUUUCUGCGCAAUCAAUUUGCCUUUGUUUUUAGAAGAUGUAACCUUAGCCUGCUAUAAGGAGUAUGAUUUUCCAACAUGACUGAACACGUCGCCACAUUACACGAGGAAGGUUAAACAUUUUUUCAAUCAAACGUAUUCGUGUUGAAUCGGCCGUGACGAUAAGGUACGUUGGCAACCAAGGUCUCCGAAUCUCACGUCUAUAGAGUUUUCUUUUACAAGUUUAUAAAGACAACAUUUCAAAUAUUACACUUUUUGAAGCGAAAGAUUAUGGAGAAAUUCGUGAAAUUAAAGACCGAUAUCAACUUACAUUCUGUUCAGAUAACCAUGUCACAGAUGAAAAAAGUUAUACCAAAUUUUUUUCUUAUUUUCUGACGUAGAAUCACCCCAUGCUCGGUUGUACUACGAAUU